AUGUCGUCCCCCGGUUCUGACUUUGAAUUAAUCAUCCGCCAGCAGCCGACUCGUGGGCGUGUAGCCGGCGCGAGGGAGAAAGACCGCAGACCGGUUGAUCCCCAACCGAUCGUGCAGUUGCGAGUAAGAGAAGAAGGAUCUUACCUUGCUCAACACUAUCUCCAAAGUCCCUACUAUUUUAUGUGUUGCAGCCUGUUAGAUCCCUUAAAUGACAUUCCAGUUCCCGUACCGCCAUCCACGACUUUGACCGGUACCUUGGUCUCAUCACUUCACCGACUGAAGGACCAGGGUAACAGCGAUGCGGGUUUCUUCGUCUUUGGGGACCUGUCUGUGAAGGUUGAAGGAUACUUUCGGCUCAAGUUCACACUGUUUGAAAUGGGAAAGGGUAUCGUCACACAUCUGAAGUCCAUCAUGUCAGACUGCUUCACCGUGUACCGCCCAAAAAACUUUCCUGGAAUGGCAGACUCAACUUGCCUGUCAAGGUCAUUCGUAGACCAGGGUGUAAAGUUGAGGCUCCGAAAGAAGCCACGGGCGUGGGUGAAGCGAUCAGCAUCGCGGCCGGGGGAUUAUCCCCAGUCCGUUCCUCCUCAUUCUCCAGAUUAUCCUUCCAAGCAGAUAUCUGGGAAUACUUUUAGGCAUUCGUCAACAUCUAUGACUACAAUGGGCCAAGACUUUAGUUAUUAUACGGGCCCAGGUAAGCGGGAGUGCAUCGCACUCGAGUUCAAUAACCGGAGUAUAUUUACUGAUGGGCGGAUGUGCCAAAUAGAAGCUCGUCCACAGACUGCAGCUCUGCAUGCAAACCAGCCACGAGUCUACACAACUCCUCUAAGGGAAGGUGGUCCCACAGGACACACAGGCGUUCCAGAUUACGCAACACCCUACGGUAUUCCGUCUAUGGGACAAGACUGCUAA